UGCCCGGGGCCCUAGUACAGUCGUCGAUCCGAAACCAUUUGUGGUGCGCGCUCGGCAUCUCUGCGCGAGAUUAGGCACGGAGAGUGGAGACGGUUCGCCUUUUCAGUUUCCCAGAUACCCAGGGAGCGCACUAUCUUGAGGUCUCCGUAGCUAUGGAGCAUACAAUAGAUGAUCCAGUGCCACCUUCAACGCCUUCGGGGCCAUCUCCCGAGCAAUCACUGGAGCAAGCACCAGCUUCACCUUCCCCAUUACCAAUUCAAUUUAAAAACAAUUUCCUAAGGGCAGGUGGCGAUCGAAGCGCGCUUAACGCUCCGAGACCGUGGAAAUUACCGUGGCAACGUACAAUGGAGGGGACGAUGCCUUCGCCUUCGCUGAGAGAGGAAGGAUCGCCCGACGAAUCCCCAAGACAACCUUCAACACCAUCUUCAUCCUCGGUGUGGAUUGAUGUGCCCUCUCCAACAGAACCCAUACCGCCAUUACCAUUAAUCUCAGCUCCGUGGGGUUUAGAACUGCCUCCUGAGCCAUCAAGAAGGCUUUCUGCAGAAUUCCGUCAUCAACCCAGGGGAGACAAAUCCAAGGAGGGGUCUCUGUACCAUGCUUCCCAAGUCACAGAGACUCUUGAGCAUACAAACCCCGUAUCGGCGCAUCGAUCGGACACAGCAAUCGAAGCGCUGAGCAGCGUCGCCAUUCCGUACGAACGCCCUCCUGCCCAGGAAGGCACAACAACUAGUGCAUUUCCAAAGCCCCUCCUGGAUAGUUUUGUGAAACUCAAUGCCGCCAUUGCCAAUUUCUGUGGCGAUACUGCAGAAAGCGCCUUGGGCAGCGGGCCAUUCGGUAGUGUUGAUGUAGGUGCCCUGCAAGCUGCAUUCCCAGAGGGGGGCGUCUUGCCGUCGAUGGUUAUGUCAGAACAGUACACUCUUCGACCCCUCAAAGACGUAAUUGACUGGGGACUACGUUCGGUUAUUAACAAAGCACUCUGUGAUGAGAUCUUUGAUCCCUUCCAUCCAUCCCUUUCCCUGAGAGUAGGAGGAGUGGAGGGAAUAAAGUUUUCCCAGUAUUUGAAGGAUAUUUACUAUUCUGUCCUUCCUGAGGGGGCCGACGAUUCCAUGGCGCGUGCGGAGGCCGGAACGUUCAUGUUGCUUGAUUGUCUAGUAGCUAGGGACAAUCCUCAGGCGUCGUCAAUUGAUGAUAUCUUAAGCGCCCUAACGAAUAAUCGAAUCAUGCCUCUCCUUCACGCGAUCUUCGGUGCCCAUGCUUAUAGAAUCCCCAUCGGUAUAGACCCAUUGCGAGCUAUCAUCCAAGGCGCAUACAAAUGGAACCACAAUGUGAAGAGUUUGGUGCCUCCAGCUGACCUUCGAGCAUUUGUCGUUCCAAAUACUGGCCGAUUUAAUGCAGGGACUAUGCUUUACUGCGGGAGGGCCAUGGAAUCAUCUGAAUCAUCCGGGAAGGAAGUGAUCAUCUGUGCUGGAUCCAUCGGACUGAAGCUAUACGAUCGCGAAUGUCUGACUGGACGGGUUCUGCUCAAGGUCGUGGUUUUGACACCCCAAAAUUAUGGGGAUGGUUAAAUUUCACUAACCAUGUUCGACUUCUCGCCCAGCGUGAUUGUGUAUCAAUGUGCUUCAGUUUGAUUCCUUUGAUACCCUUACUUCGUUGUUCAUCUGGUGAAGCAUCGUCAUUUAGUUCCCCGCGUUGCAUGUUGUGCAUUUCCAUCCCCCGCUCACCGGAUUCCAGACUUCUGUGUAUCAGUAAUACACACUUCUAAUCUAUGUCAUGAGAACCUCCCAUUUCCGUUGAAUCCAUGGGGAGUAGGUGUUACCGCUGCCAAUAUAACAAUAAGAGGUCUAGUUCUGCUGCCUUCAAACGCCUUUUAGUUGAUAUUGGCUUACACAUUCUGACCCAGCCACUCCGUUCAGACCGAUUCCAAGUCUUCCUUCGC